GACUGCAGUUUCUCAUCUCUAUACAACAUUCCACAUGACAUCGACCCUGAAACUCAGCAUUUAGAUUUGAGCGGCAAUCAAAUUAAUCGGCUGCAAGUCAAGACUUUCAAGAGAUUUUCUAAAAUUCAAACUGUGAACUUUUCAAACAACAAUAUGGAAUAUAUCGAUCAAAAGUCCUUACUAAUAUUUGUGGAAGUCAAAAACAUAGAUUUAUCACAUAACAAACUAGUCAACAUUUCCCCGUUAAUGGGUAUGCCCAAACUGAAAUAUCUUAACUUGAGUUACAACGAGAUUACACUGGACAUUCAGUUGAAGGAAAAAUUUGCAAAACCAUAUCUCCUUGAAUUAGAUUUGUCGCAUAAUAAUUUGAUCGAUAUGAAACAAGAAAGUUUAAGUAUGUUCGAAAAAAUUGGAAAAUUAGUUUUAAGC